CACGUGUGGAAUCCCUAUGGUACCAGCUGUUCCUAGUUUUUGUCUGAUUAAGUUUCUGUAUUUAAAUGCUUCCCUGUUAGUCUUUCCCCAGUCCUGUCAUUGACGUUUUGAUCACUAGUGUCUUUUCGUGCUCCUGAUUGUGUGAUUCUUCCAUUAAAUCCCGAGUCUGACCCUAACUUCUGCACUCUGGCACUUCUUUUCCCGCCAUGUUCUCAGCGUAUUGUAACAGUAACUAACUUCCACAUUUUCCUUGUCUGCUUAGCUUCAGAGUUUAUAUUUUUAUUUUGUCUACUUAUGUUUAGGUUUAGAGUCUAUUUUUUAUAGUGUAUUUAGUAUAGUGCUGUCCCAAACGAUUAUUCUUUAAACGAUUAAUCUAGCGAUUCCUUUUUUCGAUUAUUCAACUAAUCUAACAAUUCAUUUUUCGAUUGAUCUGAUGAUAAAUUUAAUGAUAAGCAAUUAUUUUCAAGUUAAUCAUUUAAUACAAUUCACCCCCUAGACCCCAACAAACAAAACUGAAAUUCUCAUUAACAUUUCAAUUUAUUAAAACAUUUCUUAAACAUUAGAGCAUUAUUAACAAAAAAGGCAAAUCUUAAGAGAGAUUCAAUUGGACUUCUAUGUUAAACGGAAGUUAAUAAUCACUGCAAUAGUUUUACUUAAUUAUUUCAGUACACCAAUUUGACUUUAAUGUUAAAAUAGAUGCUAAAACAUGGAAUGAUUUCAUAACUAAAGAAACAUGUUUUUAACAAACACUAGCAAAGGUAGCUUAUAGUUAAGCUUACUUCAGUGAGUAAGGAACGAUUUAGGCCACAGUGUGUAAGAGUAGUCGUAAACGAUAAUUUGUCUCACUCUUACAUGACAGAAUAAAUGAACCGAAAAUAUAAAACGGCUGAAACAGCGUCAUUAACGUCAGCUACAGUAAAGGUGCAGAAAAGGUGUCAUGACUGAAGUAUUCCCAAACUUUGAUAGACCGCGUGCGAGCAGUUUUUUGCCUCGUGUUUCACAGCAAAUUUCCCUUUUGCUGGUGUAGUAGGAGAUGUCUCAUUAAUAUUUAUAAGAGAAGUGCUACAUGAUUGGCCAGUGCAUGCCUUACAAAAUAGUGCGGCACUGCUGGCACGGGCGAUAUUAGACAAAACUAUAUCGGAAUUCAGUAUAUAACUGAUAUAGUUUUAACGGUGACAGCAGUGAAACAACUAGCCAGCUUAUUAGUGGAAUAACUUUGUACUGUAUUGUAAAUGAAAACCAUGACGCAGGUCCAAUAAAUAAAAUAUUGUGGCUCUUGAAUGGCGAAGAGAUAAUCAGGUAGACAGUAAAGUUCAUUUAUUAGCAGACUGUUUUAUUACGCGAUUCUUGAAAGGACAGCGUUAACGUGCUCCACAGGGGAUAAAGUAUACUUUCCCUUACAAUACGUUUAGCUAAUUAUCAUUUAGUCUAUUGCAGUUACAAAACAUUUACGUAGUUUUACAUAACGCAUUGGCACUAAAAUUCCACGUCGACGUAUUUUCAUAAUUAGUCGAUUAUGUCGAAUAAUCGUCCCAACCCUAAUAUAUUGUAUUUAUACAGUAUAUGCGAAUUCUAUGUGCCUUUUGUUCUGUGUACUAUGUAAAACUGAAGCCACGUCGUCCCUUCUCUCUGUAUAUGUGUAUAUAGCGGAAAUGACGAUAAAGUUCACUUUGUCUUUGACUUAACCAAAGUUGCCAACCCUGCUUUGUAACCGUGUUUAAAGUAGCUACUAGCUAACGUUAGACAUCUGCUUACAUCAGGACAAGGGAGGUGCAGUGAUACUUCUGUUGACUGAGCAAAUAUUUCAUUCGCUCAGGCAUUUAAGUGACACUGGAAUCUGCAUGGCAAUAGGGUCCACAACAACUAUGUUUAACCACUGUUUAAAUGAACUUAGAAAACAGAAAGACACGUAUAUUAACCUAAAAGAUAGAACCAUAAAUUUCCUAGAUUGAUAUUGAAUCGUACAAACUUUUAAAAACAAUCAAACAUUUUUUGGUAUAUUUGUACACCUCUACUAUUAAUACUGUGAUGUUACUCCUGGGGUCCAUCAGCUGGGUGAGUUAGUUCACUGUCUGUUUACUCUCUGUCUACUGUCCAUAAUGAUUUAUUUUUUCCAGACAGAUAGCAGAGUUAUUCACCAAGCAGAGACAGAGCACACCAACCUGAGAAAAGAGAGAGACCAACUACUGCUGAAUUACAGCCUCCAGACAGCAGAGAGAGACCAGCUGCUGCUGAAUUACAGCCUCCAGACAGCAGAGAGAGACCAGCUGCUGCUGAAUUACAGCCUGCAGACCAUAGAGAGAGACCAGCUACUGGUGAAUUACAGCCUGCAGACUGCAGUGAGAGAACAGCUACUGCUGAAUAAUAAAUUCUGUAACAAGAGUUACAUCUGUCCAUUGGGUUGGAGGAGAUUCAAAUGCAGCUGUUACUACAUUUCCACUGAGAAGAAGACCUGGAAUGACAGCCGACAGGCCUGUAUGCAGUCAGGAACCGACCUGGCGAUCAUCAGCAGCAGAGAGGAGCAGGACUUCAUGAACAGCAUUCCUGGAGAUUUCUGGAUUGGUCUCAGUGACAGAGAGAGAGAAGGAACCUGGAAAUGGGUGGAUGGAACAACAAUUCCUGUAGAUGAAGGAUACUGGCUGUCGAGCGUAAAGCAGCCUGAUGACUACAAUGGAAAUGAAGAUUGCGUGCACCAGAGGACCAGAAAUUUUGAUCCCGGGUGGAAUGACCUUCCAUGUAGUUAUACUCUGAAUUGGAUGUGUGAAUCCGUACCCUGGUGUUAUCCCACAUAUUAAUGAUCACUCACUGUUCACUAUAGACAGAGUCAAGGUGAAAUUAAGUUUCUCGCUUUUUUUGGCUUCAAAGUCUUUUCCAACUAAAACAAGAAAACAGCCAUUUUCUGCUUGUUUUUCUGCGGUUGAGAGAUUGUUGCUCUUUUUUCUUUUUAUUUCCUAUAAUACUCAAAUGCUUUUUAUAUACCAUGUGCAAUUCACACAGCUACUAGUCAUAUUAGCAUAUUAGGAAUCCUCCAUUCAUUCUGCUGAAACUGCAGGUUAUUGUGAAAUUUCAUUUACGAUUAAGUUCAAAGACCUGCUCAGUUAAUAUAUAGUUCUGAAAUAAAAAUGCCUGAUACCUUCUCUGCUUCAUCUGUCUUUC